UAGUGCGCACACCACAUUAAACCAAACCAAACCAAACCAAACAAAACAAAACAAUCACUCAUACAAAGAAAAAAAAAACCCUAGUUGAAAGAAAAAAUAUUGUGGAGUUGUGUUGCAUAACAAUGGGGGAUGGUAAUGGAGAGUGUUGUAUAGCAAGAUGGGGAGAUUCUCACGUGACGAGUGGCUAUAAUACAUCAAAGAUGGACAUGAUAAUGCUUAAGUUUCGCCCGAUAGCGCCGAAGCCGGUAUCGGGGAAUAUAGCUGUUGGGGAAGCUGCUAGCCAAAGUAACGGGGGUCGUCAUGCGAAGGGUGCCACGGGUUCUGGUAGAGGAAGGCGGAAAUCGAGUAAAGAAAAUAAUAAUAACAACAACAAUAGUACGGGUGGUAGUGGUAGUGGUAGUGGUAAUAGAAGGUGCAACAAUAACGGAAGGAAGAGGAAGUCUAGUUCACCAGAUCAUCAAAAGAAUGAUGAAAAGACAGAUCUAACCCUACUUCCGUUGUUUCCUGAAGCACCUGAUCUGAGUCCAAGUAAUACUCCCAAGAAUAAUAAUCAGGUGCAUAGUAAUAAUAAUAGUAACAUGCCAUUCUCACUCAACUUCAACUUUGAUGAUCAAAUUGUUAGUAGUACAUCUUUCUCUUUUGAGAAUAAUUACAAUCAGUGCCAUUCAAGUUGGUGGUAACAAAAACCACGUGGCGAGAUCUGAAUGAGAGAAGAUGUUGUCUGUAUGACAUGUGGAAGAUUUUCAGAUGAUGAGGUUGUUGUUGCAUGGGGUAUAAAAACGUUAAAUUUAAUCUUAGCUAGUUUUGCCCUUUGCUUUUGUCGGUAAUUCAAAAUUGCUUAAUUUUCUCUAGUUUUUUUUUUUUAAUUAUUAUUAUUAUUAUUAGAUACUAAAGUACAUAUUUUGAUAUGUCUAAGUUCUAAGAAGUACGAUCUAAGAAUUGUAUAUAUUUUUUUUUCUCCCUUCCCCUAAGUUUGUUGGUUUAAGAUCUUUGAUUAUCCCGAAAUCUAGAAUCCAUAUUUUUCAUA